UUCUUUUGGGGACCAAAAAUGGUUCUUCUAUGGUAUCACUGCAAAUACCUUUUUUGGAGCCUUUAUUUUUAAGAUUGCAUGUGAAAUAGUUCUCCCUGUUUGUAUCUCCAUAGGAUCCUUCCUUCUCCCUGCUGAUCCACGAGAAAUUGCAGGUGCCCAACAGCACACGCAAGGCAUGGAAUGAGCGUGACGGUCGCUGUGACGUGUGUGCCACUCACCUGAGUCAGCUGAAGCAGGAGGCCGUCCAUAUGGUGCUGAGCCUGGAUCAGUGUGAUGUAUCUCCUGGGUCUCCUCCAUCCCUGGCUUCCCUGGUGGGAUCCCGUAGUAUCCUCCAGGGUCCCACACCACCUCGAGACUGGGCAUUCCUCCCUACAGGCUACCAUUCCUCUGCCUCUUCUACCGUUUCUGCCACCACCUCCACUUCUACCCCAACAAUCACAAAUGCCAGCAACGGCGGCAGCUCCCACCACCCAGCCUACCCCAAACACGGACCCAAACCCAACAGUCUUGGGGUGAGCAAUGGUGUUGAGAAGAAGAACAACUCACCAGGCCACGCAGGAAAGUCCACAGGACCGCAACAGCCUCAUCUAUCCAGCAGCCCCAGCAACACUAAUGGAACUGUGUUGAGUUCUGUCGCACUCCAAGCUCACCAGUACCUGGACGGCACCUGGACAUCUGGACACCUGUCAAGAGCCAAUGGCGUCACACUCUAUCCUUAUCAGAUCUCUCAGAUGGUGUCAGAAGGCAACCAGGAGGGUCUUAAUGAAGCCGCGCUCAACCGCUACAACGCUGAUCGGCCCAAUGCAUACAGCAGCCCAGCCGCCCCACCUCCUGCCCCAGUCACCACAGCGCCCUCCAGUGGCACCUCCGCUGCUGCAUCCUUCUUUGCCAGGGCUGCCCAGAAAUUGAAUCUGUCUUCCAAGAAGAAGAAGCAGCGUCCUGCGCCCCCUGUGGCAUGUGAUCCACCCCUUUUUCCCACCAACUUCAGCGGCAUCCUGCAGGUGUCUCCGCCCCCUGCUCCGCCCUGCCUUUUACGGGCAGUCAACAAAGUCAAAGACACUCCUGGCUUGGGCAAGGUACGAUCUUUCAGCAAAAAUGGCUGCAUUUAGGUCUUGUCGUUUUAUUAGUCUUUACUCUUAUUAAGUCUGUUUUUUACCAACAUAUGAGCAUAUGUAAAUGCUUUUGCAAGCUAAACAGAUUCACCUAAUCAACAUAGAACAGACUACUUUUUAUUAUUUACUUAGAUCUAGCAGCAAUGGUCACCUAUCAAUGCUAAUGUCCCCUUCAAGUGGAGUUGAAAUACAUUGUAAUAAAUAUAAUAAAUAUAAUUGUGAGUUCUGAGCACUUGGUCCUAGUGGUUAGAGAGUAUGACUCCUAAACCUAAGGUUGUGGGUUUGAGUCUUGGUCCAGCAAUACCAUGACUUAGGUGCCCUUGAGCAAGGCACUGAACCCCCGAACUGCUCCCUGUGCACCACAGCAUAAAUAGGUGCCCACUGCUCUGAGUGUGUGUUCACUGCUGUGUGUGCACUUUGGAUGGGUUAAAUGCAGAGCACAAAAUCUCAGUAUGGGUCACCAUACUUGGCUGUAUGUCACGUCACUGAAUGACCAAGCGAAGUGAACAUUUAUUGGGAUGAUACCUAAGUUGCAGAAUUCAGAGAGACUUUGGCAUGUCAGUUUGAAAUGUGUUGGAAAGCAGGUUUGUAGUGAAUGGUAAUGAAGGGCUUUGGGUGGUAUAAUUUUACAUGCUAUGUUUCAGUCAAUUUAUGG